GCCCCAUCCUCCACAGCCAAGUCCUCAAGUGACAGCUUUGAGCAUUUCCGUCGUGCUGCUCGGGAGAAGGAGGAGCGGGAAAAGGCCCUGAAGGCUCAGGCUGAGCAUGCAGAGAAGGAGAAGGAGCGGCUGAGGCAGGAGCGCAUGAGGAGCCGAGAGGAUGAGGAUGCGCUGGAACAGGCACGUCGAGCCCAUGAGGAGGCACGACGGCGCCAGGAGCAGCAGCAGCAGCAGCAGCAGAGACAGGAGCAGCAGCAGCAGCAACAGCAGGCAGCUGCUGUGGCCGCUGCCUCCGCCCCCCAGGCCAGAGCUCCCAGCCCCAGUCUAUGCUGGACCAGCAGAGGGAGUUGGCCCGAAAACGAGAGCAGGAGCGGAGGCGCAGGGAGGCAAUGGCAGCUACAAUUGACAUGAAUUUCCAGAGUGAUCUUU